AUUAUAUACUCCUCGUCGAGACGAUAGAGAGAGGGAGAAGAACCCUCUUCACAAACAUCUCUCUCUACCUCUCGAUCGAUUCUCGCUGGGCUGGUCUCGCUUUGUCGGAUUGUUUCGAUCGCAUCCUCUGAAUCGUUCUGGGAGAUCAGGACAAUGGAGUCUCACAAUGAGACAGGAUGCCAGGCUCCAAAUGGCCCAAUCCUCUGCAUUAACAAUUGUGGCUUCUUUGGAAGUGCUGCGACCGCUAAUAUGUGCUCGAAGUGCCACAAGGACAUGAUGUUGAAGCAGGAACAGGCACAAGCAGCCGCGUCGUCUCUUGAGAGCAUUGUGAAGGGUAGUUCCAUUGAAAAUGGUAAAGAACCUGUGGCAAGUGAGAUUUUGGACUUGCAAGUUGGCUCGGUUGACGCAAAAGUCAUUUCAACCGAACUCUCGGCUGGCUCAUCUUCAAGCAUGGAUGUGGAGGCGAAAGUAAAUGAGGGUCCUAAAAGGUGUGCCUCCUGCCAAAAGCGGGUUGGAUUGACUGGGUUCAGCUGCAAGUGUGGCAGCCUCUUCUGUGCAGUCCACCGCUACUCCGACAAGCAUGAUUGUCCAUUUGAUUAUAGAACUGCUGCUCGAGACGCCAUUGCCAGGGCCAACCCUGUUGUCAAGGCUGACAAGCUCGACAAGAUCUAAGAUUUCGCAGGCAUAGAGAUGGCUUAUCUACUGGAAACUGCGCUGCAUUUCACCUACCUGCGAUGUCGAAUGUAUAAGUUUGGCUGCAUAUUGUCUUAGCUCUCCUGUGUCUGGUAGAAAUUGCUGGUCACAUUACUGGGGGCAUGCUUGCGGCCUAGCGAACUCUCUUAUUCAUUGUGAUUGGCGGUAACUCCGUUGUUGGCUUGGGUGUGUAAGUCAUUAUUGGUGUCGGUUUGCUGGACUUCAUUGUGACUGCUUUUGUUGACAUGAAUUUCUAGCUGUUUGGCUUUCAAAUCAAUUGAUCUGCAAU